UCUGCGAGCUUGUUUAUAAAAAAAUAUUCGAACGAUAUUAGUCAUGUUCUAUUAUGUUAUAUUACUUUAAAGCUUCAUUCAAAAUCAUCUUUUUCCAUAUUUUUCUAAAUCGACACAAUCAUUCAAGCUUCCACUAUGCAAAUAAUUUAUAUUUCUUGACUUGACUUAUCAAUUUACGCAUCUUUACUAAAGUUAUUUCUUCUUCAGAUCUGAAAGCUUAGUGAUCCUUUUCUUCGGACUGUUAUUCAUGGCUUCUUCAUCAUCUCUAUCUCGCAGUUGGUUGUAUCACGUUUUCCUGAGCUUCCGUGGAGUUGACGUGCGCAAAAGCUUUCUUAGUCACGUUCGCAAAGGGCUCGAAAGCAAGGGAAUCAUAGCUUUCGUUGAUGACGAGAUCAAGCGAGGCGAAUCUGUCGGUCCUGUGCUUGUAGGAGCGAUCAGACAAUCAAGGGUUGCUGUUAUUUUGCUCUCUCCUAACUACUCUUCUUCAAGCUGGUGUCUUGACGAGUUGGUGGAAAUCAUGAAGUGCAGAGAAGAGUAUCAACAAACAGUGAUGACCAUUUUCUACCAAGUGGAUCCAUCAGACGUUAGGAAGCAGACCGGAGAUUUUGGGAAAGCCUUUGAGGAAACCUGUGUGGGAAAAACAGAAGAGGUGAAGCAGGCAUGGAGGCAAGCUUUAAAGGAUGUGGCGGGUAUAGCUGGUUACCACUCUAGCAACUGUGAUAAUGAAGCUGAAAUGAUCAACAAAGUUGCCUCAGAUGUUACGGCUGUGUUGGGUUUUACACCGUCAAAAGACUUCGAUGACUUUAUUGGCAUAGGAGCUCGUAUCAGGAAGAUAAAAUCUAAGUUGAUCCUACAAUCAGAAGAAGUUAAAGUGAUUGGGGUUGUGGGUCCUCCAGGGAUUGGUAAGACGACCAUUGCAAGAGUUUUAUACAACCAACUCUCCCCUGGUUUUCCAUUCAGCACGUUUUUGGAGAAUAUAAGAGGAAGUUAUGAGAAGCCUUGUGGUAAUGACUAUCAGGUCAAGUUGUGUUUGCAAAAAAAAUUGUUGUCCCAGAUAUUCAACCAAAAGGAUAUUGAGGUUCUUCACUUAGGAGUGGCCCCUGAAAUGCUGAGUGACAAAAAACUGUUGGUUGUUCUUGAUGAAGUGGAUAGCUGGUGGCAACUAGAGGCAACUGCAAACCAGCGUUUUGGUCCCGGAAGUAUAAUUAUCAUUACAACCGAAGAUAGAAAACUUCUCAAGGCACUUGGACUCGGGAGCGAUCAUAUUUACAAGAUGAAACUUCCAACUACAACUGAGUCCUUUCGGAUCUUCUGCCAAUAUGCGUUCGGUAAAAAGUCUCCAGAUACUGGUUUUGAAAGCCUUGCUUGGGAAGUUACUGGACUUUCUGGUUCUCUCCCUCUAGGCCUGAGAGUCAUGGGAUCUUAUCUACGAGGAAUGUCCAGGGACUACUGGAUAGAGGCACUACCAAGGCUCAGGUCUAGCCUUGACACAGAAAUUGAAUCGAUUCUAAGAUUUAGCUACAACAGCCUAAGUGAUAAAGAUAAAGCUCUUUUCCUGCAUAUUGCAUGUUUCUUUUCGUGUUUCCGUUGUGGGGUUGAUAGCAUUAAGAGUUGUCUUGAAAAAAGUGGGUUGGACGUCAACCAUGGGCUUCAAGUCUUAGCUCAUAAAUCUCUUAUAUCUAUAGAGAACGGAUACGUAGAGAUGCAUUGUUUACUGCAACAAUUGGGUAGAGAAAUUGUCAAGAAAGAGUCUUUAGAGUAUCCUGGAGAUCGAAAAUUCUUGAUGGACACCAAGGAGAUUUCUGUUGUACUUGAAGAAGAUACUGGUACUGGAAAAGUUCUAGGCGUAAAGUUGGAUACUUCAGAGAGCAAGGAAAUCCAAAUAAGUAAAAGUGCUUUCCAAGGGAUGAAAAAUCUCCAGUUUCUACAUGUCACCUCUUAUACCUUAUGCAUACCUGAAGGCCUCAACUGUCUUCCCGACAAACUCAAAUUUAUACAUUGGAAGUACUGUCCAUUGAGAUUUUGGCCUUCCAAGUUCUCUGGAAAGUUUCUUGUUGAACUAAUCAUGCAAAAUAGCAAUUUUGAGAAGCUUUGGGAGGGAAUCAAACCUCUCCAUUGCCUCAAGCGGAUGGAUUUGAGUUACUCCGAGUCUCUGACAAAGAUUCCAGAUCUCUCAGAAGCAACGAGUCUUGAGGAAUUAGAUCUCCGUUACUGCAUAAGUUUGUUAGAGCUCACAAGCUCUAUUGGCAAUGCCACUAAGCUUACAAUCUUCUACCUUAGGGGUUGUUUUCUUUUGAAGGAACUCCCCUCAUCGUUAAUCAAUCUCGAGAAAUUAGAUCUGAGAGAUACUGCGAUAGAGAAAAUGCCAUCGUCAUUCAGCACUUGGUCUUGGCUUUAUCGAUUGGAUAUUACAGGGUGUACAAACAUCAAAGACUUCCCAGAUGUUCCUGACAGCAUUGUAGAGUUGGUGUUGUCUUGUACAGGGAUAGAGGAGGUUCCUCCAUUGAUUGGGAAUCUAUUUCGUCUGCGUAAACUAUUUAUGUAUGGAUGCGCCAUGCUGAAAACUAUAUCUCCAAACAUUUCUAAGCUGGAGAAUCUUGAGUUUCUUGCUCUGUGUAACUUUUGUGAGACUGAGAGUGAUUAUGAAAGGUUAUAUAUAUCUUAUCAGCAUUAUAAGCCUAACUUAUUUGAAGCAGUUAUUUACUGGGAUUCUCACUUUGAGCGCACCUGGAAAUUACAAUCAGACUUCAACGUUCACUACAUUUUUCCGAUAUGUCUACCGGAGAAGGCUCUCUCCUCUCCAAUAUCAUUACUUCUCAGAGGUGAUAGUUUGGAAACUCUUCCAGAUUGCAUCAGAAGUCUAUCGCAACUAAUUAGGUUUACCGUCAGCGCAUGCGAAAACCUCGUAGCACUUCCACCGCUUCCAGGUUCCCUUCUAUCUAUGGAUGCAGGAGGUUGUGACUCCUUGGAGAGAAUAGACUCUUCUUUUCAAAAUCCAAAUGCUUUCCUAUACUUUAAUGACUGCUUAAACCUGAAUCGAGAAGCAAGAAAUAUCAUCCAUACAUCAGCUUGCAAGUAUGCGUUCUUACCGGGUGAAGAAGUGCCUGCACACUUCACUCACCGAGCUAGUUCAGGUACCCUAAAGAUCAAUUUGACUUCAGCACCUCUUCCUUCCUCCUUCAGAUUCAGAGCUUGCAUAUUGCUGUCAAAAGGUGAAUUGAAUGACAACUCAUUGAUGGAUGUAUCUUUUCGGGUCGGGAGUAAACAGAAUGGCUUCAUAGUCAGGCGUGGAUCAUCCAAAGGCCCUAUUCCAACUCUACGUGGAUAUGAAGGGCAUCUGUAUGUUUUUGAGGAUUCUUUCUCUCUAAACGAGGAAUUCCCCGAAGCCGAAGAAACCACUUUCAGCGAGGUUACUUUUGUGUUCAGAAUCCGUAAUAAAACCUGGAAGGUCAAAGGCUGCGGUGUACGAAUUUUGGAGGCACCUCAUUAUAUUAUUGACGGAAAUGCAGAGGAUGAUGUUGAUCAUGGUGAUGAUGUUGUUGAUAAUGACAAUGAUGGUGACAAAGAUGAAAGUGCUGAUGAAGGUGAAGGUUCCAUAAGACAAAGGUUUUGUUUCAAUUAUAGGAAGAAGAAAGGGAAAUCAACUACAAACAGAGUAUUAAAAGACUGACUUUGGUCUAGAGUCUUUGGAGUUAAGAGAAGCAGCUCAAGUAUAAAUUAGACGAUGUCUUGAAUAGCAAUCGUUUGGUUAAGGCUAGCCAUUCUCAAUACCUGGAUGUACCUAAGUGGGUGAACAGAAUGGCCUCAUUGUCUCAUAUGGAUCAAACCAGCAGGAUAUGCCUUAUCUAUAUGGAUGUAAGUACUGUCUGUAUACAUUCAUAUAUUCUUUCUUUCUAAACUAUGAUUACCCUGAAGCCGAAGAAGCCACUUUCAGCAAGCUUGUGUUUCAGUUGGAAGUCUGUAAUAAAAAAUGGAAGAAAAGGCAGAAAAAUGGUGGAGGUGACGAAGAUGAGAGUGGUGAUGAUGGUGAACGUGCUGAGGAUGAAGAUGCUGAAGGUGGUGAUGGUGAUAAUGAUGACGUUGAGUGAACCUGUAGUCAUAGCUUCUGGCCAGGUGAUGUAGCGGAAGCUUUAAAGAUAGAACUAGAGAUCCGUUGAUUCUUGGAAUACCCGGAAAACUAGGAUAAUCACAAAGAUCUUAUUUAGUCUAAGAAUGCCUAAGAUCAAUGUCUUCUUAAAUUCGUUGAGAUCACCAAUGAUCUACCGAAAACAAGGAACAACAAAGAGAGAACUCUCAAUUUUAUUAAUCAAUCAAAAACUGAAUACAAUGUUAAGCCUAGACGGCUAUAUAUAAGAAAGCCAUAAAACCCUAAAACAUUAAGAUAAUUAUCUAAAAUA